AUGAAUGUGUACCGUACCGUGCACGUAGACUUCCACAAAGUUCAUAAAAUCCCCUUCUCUUCACACCAACAAACCACAACCAUUCAAUCACAAAUCUCCGCCGUUUAUCAAAAGAUGUUUGCGAUUAUUCAGGCGGUUAUCACCGCUUGGGCUGCAUUAACUCUCUUGGUACUCGCCGGUAUAACCCUUGGCGGCUCAGCCGUGGCAUUAGCCGUAACCACGCCGCUUUUUAUCAUUUUCAGUCCGAUUCUCGUGCCAGCAGCUAUAGCCACAACUUUUCUAGCUACGGGUUUCACGGCCUCCGGCUCCAUCGGUGCCAUGGCUAUCACAGUCUUCAUGUGGCUCUUCAAGAAAAUAACGGGGAAGAACCCACCAAAAAUUCCAGGUAUUACCCCUAAAAAUCCAACUACGGAAGGGGGAAAGAAGGAGGAUAAGAAAAAGGAAAAGAAAAAGGAUUAG